AUGUUUCAACGACCUGCUUGUUUACAAGGCCGACAGCGAAGUCGCGCCGCAGAUGACUUGUCUACAUUUCCGAUUCGGCAGUUAUUCGUGCUAGCGCUGGUUCGGAUUUGUGAGCCCAUUGCGUUCAUGUCGAUUUUUCCUUAUGUGUACCACAUGGUCGAGUCAUUCCAUGUAACGGAUAACGAUCAAAAAAUUGCGCUUUACGCCGGGAUGAUCACCUCGUCGUUCACCUUUGCGGAAUUCUCUGCGGGCAUGUUCUGGGGCCGGAUGAGUGACCGGAUCGGCCGCAAGCCGGUGCUCAUCAUGGGGUUGGUGGGUACGGCCAUCAGCAUGGUCGCCUUUGGCUUCGCGCCCAACCUGGCGACGGCGAUGAUCGCGCGCGCCCUCGGUGGUCUGCUGAACGGCAACAUCGGGGUGCUCCAGACAACCGUGGCGGAGAUCGUGACGGUCAAGGAGCACCAGCCGCGGGCCUACUCGAUCAUGCCGUUCGUGUGGUGCCUGGGAUCGAUUAUUGGCCCGGCGAUGGGCGGUGCUUUGGCCCAACCCUGCGACAACUACCCGUGGCUGUUCUCGCGUAACACGCUGUUCGACCGGUUCCCGUUCCUGCUGCCCAACCUGGUCUGCAUCUGGGUGCUCAUUUGCGGGAUUGUUCUCGGUUUCCUGUUUCUGGAGGAGACGCACCCGGAGAAGAAGCACCGGCGUGACGCCGGUCGUGAGUUGGGCCACUGGCUCAUCAGCAAGUGCUGGGGCUCGCGCGUGCAACUUCCCGAUGAUUCCGUGGAGGAGAGCAAGUCCUUCGUUCAUGGCGUGCCGCCUGAGUACGAAAGUGUCGAAUCGUCGCCUUGCCUACGCCCCGUGAGUGACGUCGGGGCAACGGAGUGCGACCUCGAGGGACAGACGUCGUCCGCGCCCAAGGCGUUCACCCGACAAGUCAUCGUCACCAUUGUUGCUUAUGGCAUCCUGGCCUACCACAGUGUGUCGUUCGACCAGCUGAUGCCGGUCUUCCUGAGUACCCCCAAAUCCGACGACGCCGUUUCCUUGCCGCUCCGCUUUACCGGCGGCCUCGGUUUGUCUACCAAGACCAUUGGCUUCAUGCUGGCCGUUCAGGGCAUCUACUCGAUGAUUGCCCAGCUCUGGUUGUUCCCCUUCGUUGUUAAGCACUUCGGCACUCUGCGCACGUUCCGCUUCGUCCUGCUGGCCUGGCCUCCGCUGUACCUGGCCGUGCCCUAUCUCAUCCUGCUUCCGGCUAAAUUACAGAUGCCUGCCGUAUACGUCGCCCUGAUCAGCAAAAUUACCUUCCACGUUAUUGCCUUCCCCGCCUCCGCCAUCCUGCUUGCCAACGCGGCUCCCACGUCAAAGGUGCUCGGCUCCAUCAACGGGGCCGCCGCGUCCACUGCCAGCCUCAGCCGGGCUUUCGGCCCUACAGUGACGGGGCUACUGCACUCGAAGGGUCUGGAGAGCGGGUACUCCGUGCUGGCCUGGUGGGCCUGUGGGUUUGUCUGUGUUGUCGGAGCCAUUGAAAGCUUCUGGAUGGAGGAGUCUGCGGAGCCCGAGCGCUUCAAGCACCAGGACUCUGACAUCAGUGAGGCGGAACUGAAGCGAGAGGCUAUGGAUGAUGCCUAUGCUGGUCGUGACUCCAUGGCUGAAGAGGAGCAGCGCCUGCUGUCUCUGCGCUCCAGCAUUGACCAUGAAUUCGACAUUUCCAAUCUCGAUCUGAACGCCAUCCACGAUUUCUCCACCCCCGAUGUCGACUCCUCACCUGUUCCCCGCAUUUAA